CAAGACAGAAAUGCUUAGUAAGACAUUCCUUUUUCGCAGUGAACACCUUAACAAUCACCCUAGCAACGACUUGUCAAUAUCCUGGCGACCGUUUAGAACACCUUAGCAACCGUACGGCUAUGCCCUGGCAAAGAAAAAAGCGAAAAGUGACCUAUUUAAAUAUGUAAAAAGGGUGUUUGACAAUGUUGACUUUCUGUGUGGACAAACAAAUCACUUUCAAAUGUUUCUUUCCCAGAAUCCAUCACUGCAGCCCAACCAGAGUUCCCAUCAGCGCUCUCCACAGAUCAUGUCAUCCGCCCUGGAUCUCACACCUCUGUCAUUCUCUCAAGAACAGCUCACGCCUCACUCAGACAACACGGUCUUCAGCCUGUCCCACAGCCCGACCCUCUGGACCGCUCGGGCACCGCCGGGCAACUGUGAGUACUACUGGCAUGCCAUUCUCCUCAUGACCUCAGGGGGCAGCGUGCUGAUCUGCGGCAUGGUGUUGAGCGGACUUUACUUCGCCGGGAUCUCUGUGAUGGCCACCAACAUUCUUGGCCCCGCCCUGCUCUCCGUCGGUUUGAUGGUGCUGGUAGUGGGCGUGGUUUUGGUGCCAAUAACGCGGGAAAUGAGGUAUCAGAGUGCCACGAAACGACUGUGUAAUCAUUACCCGUGAGACUCAUCAGAGAUAAAUACAGUCUCUCAUAAACAAACAUGGUGCUCAACAUGGUGGCUGUCGGAGAGGACCUGUCGCCUUUUGACUUUGUCACCAAUUGGCAUUGCCUCUCCUGCUUGACUGAGUGCAAGGUGCAUGAGCGUUGGAUAAACCAGAAGACUGAUUCAAAGGUUAUGGAAGCACAAAUGAAAUGUUUUUAGUCCGAUUUUAUUUGUGAUUUGACAUAUACAGUACAGUAUGUUAUUAAAACCAAUGAGGUCUAUAAUGCCUUAAAAAAGCUGUUGCUUGAUUUUAAAUACUAAUUUUGAAGUUCCGUUUUGGAAACAAAGUGUUUUUUAACAAAUGAUUAAAUAUUUUGUGAAAGUAUGCGGAGAUUAUAAUGUUGGAGUUAUGACAUCAACUCCUAAAGAUAAGCAGCCAUACCUUGACCUACUAAAGAUGGCAUGCGGGAGAAAGGACUUUGUGAUGAUUGAACAUGAAGUGAAAAUGAACUAUGACUAAUAUGAUGGCAAAUCUGAACACAACACCCCUGAAAAAAUACAAUGCGAUUCAGAUCAAAUAAAAGAAGUCCUUAUUCAUCCACCACGGCGACCGGUCUGCAUGCCUUCAUUUUAACUUCAUUAGCACUGAUGUCAAACUGCCAAAUCUGUAAACAUGCAUUAGAACUGUGUUUUAUAAAAGAUGUGGACUGAAAUGUGUAUGAACUGCGUAUGAUGAGAUGUAUUUGCUGUUUGUUUUUACU